AUGGAACAAUAUCGAGAUAGGGCUGCUGGUGGAUCUAUUAAUAGUCCUCCAUGGUUUGAUGGAGGAUGUGAAAAGUACACUCAAUGGAAGAUAUACAUGAAAUCAUACUUGUAUGCGCAAGAUGAACAUGUAUGGAACAUUGUGGAAAAUGGCUGGAAGACGCCUAUAAUUCCAGCUAAAGGUGAAGGAUCAUCAGUCUCUAUUCCUAAGCCACGGAAGGACUGGACUGAUGUGGAGGUACGUGAUCUUCAAGCUGAUUUCAAAGCAAAAAAUACCAUUUUCACUGCUCUCUCUGAACGUGAAAAGCUAAGGAUCAGUCACUGCGACACUGCAAAACAAGCUUGGGAUUUGCUACAGACUACAUAUGAAGGAAACAAAAAGGUACGUGCACAAAAGCUACAAGGUCUAAUUUAUGAAUUUGAAACUAUGACCAUGGGAGAUGAUGAAACUGUGGAUGACUUCCAUGGUAGAAUUCUAAAAAUUAUAGGUCAAUGUCGUAGUCUAGGUGCCCCUUUUGAUGAAGAUAAGGUUGUUAAGAAAAUUCUUAGAGCCUUACCCGAAAAAUUUCACUCUAAAGUCACUAGUAUUGAGAAUUCUUUUGACAUUGAUGAAUACCCCUUGGAUGAACUCAUUGGAAAUCUAAAAACUUAUGAACUAAGGAUAAAACCUGAAAAGAAAUCCAAAGGUGUGGCCUUCAAGGCUGUGAAAGAGACAGAAGAGGAAGAUAAAUCACUUGAUCUUGCUCUUCUGACUAAAGAGUUCAAAAAGUUCCUUAGAAAUAAGUCCUCUUCUCAAAAUUUCAAUGCUCCCAAGAAAAAUUUUGUUAACAAUGAUAACAACAUUAAAGGGAAUUUUAGAGCAAAUAAACCUGGAAAAAUAAAAUGCUAUGAAUGUGGUGGCUAUGGCCAUAUUUCUACUGAUUGUGGUAACAAGAAGCAUGGAAAUAGCAACAACAAAUCCCUUCUCUCGACAUGGAGUGAUGAUGAACAUCAAGAGGUCGAAAAUGUAGCCUUUGUGUCAUCUCUUUCACUUAAAUCUAAAAGUGAUGAAGGAUCCUCAUAUGACGAGACUACUGUCCGCUGCAAACAACUCUAUAAAGCAUCAAAAGCCACAUUACUCAAAAAUGCAGAUUUGGAAGAUGAAAUUGCGAUGCUAAAGGCUAAGAAUGAGAAGUUGGAGCUUAUGUGGAGGACUUCUCAAAACACUUUGCAACAAGAAAGAAACAAGCUCAAAGACGAGCUACAUAACUCACAAAGUGACGAAAGUCCUCAGACUUGGAAGAUAGAAUGUGCUGAAAUGAAAAACAAAAUCAAGAUUCUUGAACUUGAGGAAGAACUGAAGUCCACUCAAGAGAAGUUCACAAAGUUUGAGAUAAGUUCUGGAACUGCAUCAAGAGAAUCUAAUCCAGGAGUGGAGAAAAGUGAUCCAAUCACCAGGGUCAUCAAGGACACUAUCACAAAAGUUGACAAGGAACCAAAACCUUCUCAGAAUGUCACUCAGGUAAGGAUAAAUCAGAGGAUUCCAACUGAUCAUAACAGGUACUCAACCUUUGAGUCUUUUAUUCCUACAUGUCAUCACUAUGGUAAACUGGGACAUAUUAGACCUAGAUGUAAUGAGAGACUUAAAUCAAUCCCUUCCUGUGAAGAAGAUGUGUCUGUAAAAUAUUUGCAUUGUGAACUUAAAGAGCAGAAAGAGCUUAUCAAUAAAUUGGCUGAUUUGAUCACUAAGGCAAACAUGCAAACUAGAAAUAAACAUGUCUGGAUUAGAAAGAAUUUGAAUAAUCAUCAUUCUAAUCGCACUGAUCCUACUGACUCUAUUAAUGAUAUCUGUCUCAUGGAAAAUGUAAGUACAAAUAAUCCUCCAACACAUAUUGAGGCAACCUGCCUGGUAGCACUCAUUGCUUUGGCAGAUAAGCGAAAGGAUUUCUGGUAUGUGGACAGUGGUUGCUCUAGACACAUGACUGGGGAUAAAGCUUGGUUCACCUCGUUCGAAGAUGAAAGCAUUACUGGUUCAGUUACCUUUGGUGAUGGAAGGAAAGCCAAAAUUCUUGCACGAGGAACAGUCAAUACUCCUGGAAUUCCUAAUCUCAAAAAUGUUUUGUAUGUUGAAGGUUUAACUUCCAAUCUCAUAAGUGUCAGUCACUUGGCUGAUGAUUAUGAGGAUGUUUGGUUCAACAAGCAAAGAUGUGUGGUCCUUGAUAAAAAGGGUGAAAACAUUAUGGGAGGUAAGAGAUCAUUAGAUAAUUGUUAUCACAUUCAAGCUAAUGAACCUCUAAAUGUACAGGCUUGCUUGUCUGUGAGAUCUGCUGAAGAGACCUUUGAAAUAUGGCACAGAAUAUUGGGACAUGUGAACUAUCAGGAUCUACUCAAAUUAUCCACCAAGCAGUGUGUCAGAGGUCUACCAGCACUAAGUGGUAAGACUGACAAGAUAUGUGGAGGAUGCAAAACUGGAAAGCAAACCAAAUCUCCUCAUAAAACAAUAAACUCUGCUACUACCACAAGAGUGUUGGAACUGCUGCAUAUGGACCUUAUGGGACCAGCUCAAACAGAGAGCAUUGGAGGGUUUAAACCAGAGAAUGAUAAUUGA